AUGUUCAGCGCGUUGACAGCGGCUCGCAUGGCCACUCCAAUGGUCCGUUUAGCCUCGCCCGCAAUGGCGAGGUUUGCGGCACCCUUAGCCUGCAGGUCAUUCGGAACUUUGAUUGGUAAGCAGGCCCCUGCAUUCGCAGCCCAAGCCUGUAUGCCCGAUAACACUUUGAGGACGGUGAACAGCUCGGAUUACAAGGGGAAGUAA